GUUGUUUGAUAACACGAGAGAUAGAUUUGCAUUAAACAAUAUUUGCGAUAUACUCGUACGCAUAUAGCUUAUGCACAUGAUCAUGCAAAAAAAAAUAACACUAAGAAAAACGAUCGCUAUUGUAAAGUUGAGUUUGUUCGUUAUAUGGUUUUGGCCGCUACCGCAAGACGCAAGUAAACGUAAAGUGCUGUGCAUGAAAUUGUAUCAAUACAUCACUUUAUUAUUAAUGAUAGCCGUAUUAGCAUCGAUGGUAUAUGCCCUUGUAAGGAAUCUGGAUGACCUUGAGCUUGUCGUAAAAUCAUCAUUGGGUAUAUUCCCUUGUAGUCAUGUUAUCUGGAAUAUUCUAUGUCGCAUAGUUAUUUAUCAACGUCUACAAUGUGUCACUUUCCAAAUGGAAAAUUUUUGCGCGUCGAUCAACGCUUAUGAAGAAGCGAUUAUUCAGCGAGACUAUAUUGAUAAGUGUGUCAACUUUUAUGGCUUUUGUAUAACAUCGUUCUAUACAAGUCUUUUUGCUCUUUUUGUGGGGCCUAUUUUGCAAGAUGAACCGCUUCCAGCACCCGCUGAUUUUCCAUUCGAUGCGUCUCGACAACCGUUAAGGGCCAUUACAUAUAUACAUCAAAUUGUGUGUGGCCUAUAUAUAGCUGCACAUUUAUGUGUAAACGCUUCCAUGGCCCUUUUGCUCUGGUUGGCAUCAGCGAGAUUUAAAUUGUUGAUUGAAGAUUUACGGAAAAUUACGAAUAUCUACGAUUUCAUGAAAUGUAUCGAGAAGCAUCAACAAUUACUCGAGUACGCAAAAGAAAUAACUUUUGUAGUUCGUCCUUUCGCAUUGGGAACCGUAUUUUUCAGUACUGUCUCAUUGAUAGUAUUCGGCCUUAUUUUUAUUACAGGAGUUUCAUUAGGAUUAAAAAUCCAGUGUGUCUUUUUAGCAGUCAGUGCAUUAUUAGAAGUAUUUAUGUAUGCAUGGCCAGCAGAACAUUUGAUUCACAUAAGUAAUAAUAUUGCACAAAUAGCUUUUGAAACAAAUUGGUAUGAUGAAUCCGAAAAUUUUCGAAGAAAUUUACAAAUGAUUAUAUUAAGAAGUCAGAAACCAAUACUUGUUACACUACCUUGCGGCCUUCCUUCAUUAUCUUUACAUUAUUACGCAUCGUAUCUCUCAACUAUAUUCUCCUACUUCACUACAAUGCGAAUGAUGUUUGAAGAACAAAAAUGAAGAGCAUGAACAGAUCAUUAUUUUGAUAAAUUCUAAGAAAA